CUUUUUAGCAGCAACAUACAAGCCGGCCAUAUUAGAGAGAUGGAAAUAAAGCCUCCUUAAUGUUUUAUGUGUCUUUGAAGUACAUCCGUGCAUUUUUUUUUUUUUUUUUUUUUUAGCAUCUAACCAUUCCUCCCUUGUAGCCCUCGGCCCCUCAAAUCACCCUCUCCCAUAUCCCACCCGACUAACAUCUCAGUCUCUGAAAAUGCACAAAGAUGCCUGGCUACCUCGCCCUGCCUUCAGUCUCACGGGGCUCAGUCUCUUUUUCUCUUUGGUGCCACCAGGGUGGAGCAUGGAAGUCACAGUACCUACCAUCCUCAACGUCCUCAAUGGCUCUGAUGCCCGCCUGCCCUGCACCUUCAACUCCUGCUACACAGUGAACCACAAACAGUUCUCCCUGAACUGGACUUACCAGGAGUGUAAUAACUGCUCUGAGGAGAUGUUCCUCCAGUUUCGCAUGAAGAUCAUUAACCUGAAGCUGGAGCGUUUCCGAGACCGCGUAGAGUUCUCAGGGAACCCCAGCAAGUAUGACGUGUCAGUCACACUGAGAAACGUGCAGCUGGAGGAUGAGGGCACCUACAACUGCUACAUCAUGAACCCGCCCGAUCGCCACCGCGGCCACGGCAAGAUCUAUCUGAAGGUCCUCAUGGAAGAGCCCCCUGAGCGGGAUUCCACGGUGGCGGUGAUCGUGGGUGCCUCCGUCGGGGGCUUUCUGGCCGUGGUCAUCUUGGUGCUGAUGGUAGUAAAGUGUGUGAGGAGGAAAAAAGAGCAGAAACUGAGCACGGAUGACCUGAAGACGGAGGAGGAGGGCAAGACGGAUGGAGAGGGCAACGCGGACGAUGGCACCAAGUAACGGGCGGGCGGGCGGCCAGCCCGCAGCCCCUCCCUCGUGUCCUGUACUCCCCCCACACUCCGCCCCGCACACUGUGUCCCCGCCUGCCCUCUCUUGGUGUGUUUCCCUCCAGCCUGGAUCCCAGGGCUGUCCUGGGGUCUCCUGAACCCCUCCCUUCGUAUCCCCCACCCUGUACCAAGAAUGACCCACCUCUCUUUCAUUGAGAAACCUGCCGGCGUCUGGGACGCGUGGGCCCUGGGAGGGGGGAGGGAGUGGUGCACUCAAAACUGCCUGUGUGAGGGUCGCACAGAGAGAAAGGGGAGUGUGGGCGGUGGGGGAGGGGGAGGCCAGCUGUCCAGCCUGCCCAGUGCCUGGACUGGUCUGGUGGCGGCUUCAGAGGGGACCUCAGGUCCGGGGGGCUCUGCUGGACAGCCUCUAGGAGGCCUGGGCUGUGGCGUCGCUCCGCUCCCAGCCCUGGGCAGCCCUGUCAGGCUCGGGGUGGCCAUAGGUUCCUAUAACUUGGGUGGGGUGUGUUGAAGGGACAACCGUGUAUUUCCUGGGUGUUGGCGGGAAGCUGGGGCUGGAGGCAACUAGAGACAAGCCUUGGCCCCGGGAGCUCUGCUCCCGCCCUGAGAGCUGCUACCACAGAAGCCUCCGGUUUUCUGGUGGCUGUUUAACUCCUUCAGGUGUUUGGGAGAAAAGCACCGAAGGGCUGCUGAGCUGGGCCAUGGCAGGGUCGUGUCUCUCAGGGUGGUGGUCGCUCUUCACCACAGUUACCCAGUAAUGGGACGAAUUUCAAAAUGAGCUGAGGGGUGGAGGGGCUGGGAGGGGUGGAAGGCCGACUGCCUUCUCCCCCAGGGUGGCCGCCAUCUGCCUGGGCCAGGAGCAGCCGUGAGGAAGGGGUGGGAGCCACGCUGAGGGGUCGGUGUGCAGAGAGGGGGCCGCCCUUGGGGCUUUGGUUCAGCCCCCCCCCCUUACCCUCAGCAGGGUUUCGUCUGGCUUUUGGCCCUGAGGGGAGCCUUGGAGCCUCUGAGGCCCUGUGGCCACAUCACAUCUGAGCCAUGCUGCACCCUCCCCAGCCCCGACAACGCUCCCUGUGGGGGAGAAAGUAGCGCUGGUGGGGGGCCCACUUCCACUGCCAUUUUACUCACAGGAAGAGGGAAUUGCUUAUGCCUCAGGGGAGGGAGGGAGAUGGAGAGAAACUGCCUUGGAAGACCCUCAGAGAUCCACUAGCCGAGUGGCUCAGACUAACAGGCGGGGAAACUGAGGUUCAGACUCACAGUAGCCGAGAGUCCUGCGCCUCCUCUGGUUCCUCAGUUUCCAGUUUGAAUCACUAGAGCCAUAGCUUGCCCGGUGGGCUGAGGGGGAGGCAGGGGGGCAGGCUCUCCGGACAGGGAGUUGAGGGAAGUGAGGAGAGGGAGGUGGGCCCCUCCAGCCCUGCUCACCUCCGGGGAACCCAGCCCCUCCAGGCUGUGACAGAGGCAGGGAUGGGAGCGGGAGGGCAGGGAUGCUGGCAGUGCCCCACACCAACCCCAGCUGACCCCCUGCUGCACUUCCUGGCCUUUCCUGGGAGCUCAGAGCUCAGGCCCUGCCUGGGCUGAGGGAGUCAGUGCCCAGGGCUGGAAGGAGUCUGGGAAGCGGGUGAGGACAGGACUGUGACAGCCCCAGGGAGCAUUCUCUGUCUCUGCCCAGCAGAUGGCCAGUUUGGGGAGAGAGCGAGAGCUUAUGGAAGACUCAGUUUAAUUCACUUCAGUAUCCAUUGAUUGAGCAUCUCCUCUGUGCCAGGAACUGUGCCAGGUGCCAGGGAUGCCCACAAAGCCAUAACAGAGUUGGGAACUGCUAGGUCAGCUCUGUGGGGACCAAGAUUAAUUUUGUUUUUGGUGCAUCUAAUUCCACCUCUGCAGCCACUGCUUCCAGGGCUGGAGUUGGAGAAGGAGGAAGAGAUUCCAGAAUCUGGGCCCUGGGAAGGGAGGAAAGAAAAGAAGGAGGGAAGAUAGAACAGGUAUGAGGGUGAGAGGACAGGCAGAGCGGGCACAGAGUAGGGGAUGGGCAACCGACCAGAUAGCUCCUGGAUGGGGUGGAAAUUCUAACUCAUCAGUACUUAACUGCCAAUCAACACACUGCCAACGGGGGUGGGCUAAGCCCCCGGGAUGCCUGGGGUGGGUGGACAUUACCCAUCCUUGGAGCCAGCCAGCUGAGAGGGGAGAGGUGUGUGGUGGGCACCCUCGUUCCAGCUGAGACCAAGGGUGGUUGUAAUAACACUUCUGCAGCUUGCAGAUUUCACUUUUUGGCAACUUCUUAAGUGCUCUCCUCUUUCCAGGAUGAGUGAGGAUCUGUGUGGAUGCUGGGAACUUUUUUUUUUUUCCAGGACUCAUAACAUUUAGGGGAAUUAUUUGCAGGAUUCCCUAGGUUUAUUCUAAGAAAUCCUAACUCUCCUUAAAGAAGCCCAAGACUUCUGAAUUCCUUCCUUUCCCUGCCCUGACCCAGAGGGUCCUGGGGAGAGCAGUUCCUCUCCAGGGAUCUCAGGCGCCUGAGCAGAUAGGGAUGGGCCGGGAACCACCUUUGUCCCAGGUGUCCUCCCUCAUAUGCACUUUCUUCCCGAGCCUCUUAGAGUCUCUUCCUGCGGUCUCACAGAGCUGCCUCCCCCCCCCCCCCCCCCCCCGGGGGCAAUGAGGUUGGGAAAAAAAUGGGGCUUCUGUGAAUAGAAGUGGGAAACCGGUGCGAUGUUUUCCCGGCACCCUGCUUCCCAGUGUAUACCAGCAAGCUGUUCCUCUUCCCAGCACGGUGGGGCUCAGGCCCUGCUGGUGGUUGCAUGUUCCUGUCACUGCGCUCUGCGGGGUGCAGUCUGCUGGUUUUCCCAACUGCCCCUGCCUCUCCUGCUCUCUUGGAAUUCUGUCCCUUCCUCCUAAUUAAAGGGCCACUGGAGAGAGAGAUGGGCUGGCCAACCCAUGGGAUUUAGCUUAUAAGAACAAAGCACACCUUUUUCAGGACUGAAAUGCCUUGAGGUGCCUUGGAACUGGCUUUGGAAAUAGCUACCCGCCCCCCUAGCUAUGGAUUAAUACAGUUAUUCCCAAUUUAUAAAAAGGAAAAGCUGAUGGGAUCCAUAUUUCUCCCUGUGAGUCUCCUGGGCAAGGUUGGGCUGGUAAGUAUUUGCAAGCUCAGGUUAAGCAGAUGGACAAUUGAAAACACUGGCCAGGUCCAGAAGGAUAGUCCCAGGCCAUAGGAAUGGCUUGGUGCAAUUGGAACGGGUGAUGAAUCAAGACAUUUUUCUUCCUACUUAUGUCUUAAGAUAGACAGCCUGUGUCUCUUGCUGUGCCUCUUGCUAUGUCUUCCUUUAUUGAAGCUUGCUGAUGCAUUUGUACAUAGUCUAUAUAUAGACAUAUUAUAUAUACAAAUAUAAAACAUCUCACUACAUCCACUCCAAAAGUUACAUUGGCAGAAGGUGGGGGGAGGGGGGACAAUCAUUUCUCAACGUUUUGCGUUAAUUCACCAAAGGCAAAUUAUAGAAUGUUCUUAUUGCUCUUUGUGCACUCGGAGGGGGAAGACACAACCACGUAUGCACUUUCUAGGACUCGUGUGCUAUAUGGUGAUUGGAAGCGGCGGUGGGGAGAGAAGCUUAAAUGGUCCUCUGUGACCCAACAGCUGUGAUAUGUCUGCUUUUGGGAGCAGACUGAGUUCCUUUCGCAGUUUGUCUCAUUGCUUGGAUUUAUUGGCUGCAAUAAACAGAUCAUCUCC